AUGACCUCCCAAUUACCCCCUAGCAAUCCCAACUCCAGCCCCGACGAGAUGAUGGAUCUGGAAAUUCUCCAGCUACAGGAGGAAUUGACCCGGAUGCGGAAGCAACGAGCCCUGCUACAACUACGCAGUGAGAUUGCGAGGGAACAACAACUGCUGGCCGAGGCCCAGCAGAGCCUCGGGUUGGCUGAGCUGCCAGCAGUCCCGCCAGAGCGGCCGGUAGAGCAGCGACUGGCAGAACGGUUGCCCUCUGAACGCCCUAGAUUCAAUCCGCCGCCUGAUCCCUGGCCCAGACCGAUUCCUCCGACAAAUCCUACGACCGAAGACGUGGAUGAAUUGAUCCGAGGAAUCAAACGGUCGCAUUCGGAGUCGAGCAAUCACAAUGGAGGCAAUGAGCUGGAGAAUGUGCAAGAGCACAGGCCCGCGGGACAGGAUAACACGGGAGAGGAAGGGCAGCAGCCACAGGAACCUAUUUCGCAGCAGGGAUCGAGUGGGCGGGAAAAGACACAGGAUGAACAAGAAGAGGAUGUGGAAGUUCCUCCUACAUUCACUGUCAAGAGACAGUAUCGGGGAGCGAGCCGAAAGGAGUAUAAUCUUACCAUUGAAUUUCUGCAGAGUCACUUUGCUCAGUACGAGCGCUACUAUGCGUCACAUGAGCGCAAGAUUGAAGAAGGACUGCGGCAUGUGGUCCCGGACAUUGAACGAGCUUGGGGCUUUCAUGUAGCUACCGAUGACCAGAUUGAACCCACAUGGCCGAAUUUCUGCAAUUUCCUGUUAUCAAGGAUCAUCAAUCUUGUUGAUCCUGCCGUCGCCCGGCGGCAGUAUUAUGGCCGGUCCCAGCGAGAAGACCAGACUGUGCGCGAGUUCUCAAACCACCUGGGGUCAUGGGAAUCAAAUCUGGAAGAGCUCCUGACGGAGGAGCAGCGGAUCCAGAACCUGUGGGCGCGCGUGCUGCCCUCGGUGCGGGAAGAGGCCAUGCCUUUCCAGUACCAAAGCGACAGAUACCAGGAUCAUAUUGCGCAUCUACAGACGGUGGAAAGUCGCAUGCCAUCGCGGGCGCACAUGCAGAAGAAGAUAGCUGCUGCUGCCGCCGCCGCAGCCAGAAAUAAGCAGAACCAGAAAUAUGGUCACCAGCCACAUUUUCCAAGAAGUGCGCCCAAGUAUCUCAGGGCUAAAAGGCCGCGGAUGCACAACCCCACAAAUCACUCUAUGCACAACCCUACAAAUCACUCUAUGAACAAUUCUUAA